GGAGGUGCAUGAUGACACUGACAGCCUCUUGUAAGCAAAGCUUGAAAUCCAGCUCCAACAGCUAGAAAGACAGACGUCAGACGUUGAUCGCCUCAUUCACUAGACAAGAGUUUGUCGUCUAACGUUAGUGGACAUGGAGGAAGCCAAUCAAGAUGCCUUUGACAGAGCCAGGCUGCAGGUGAUCAAAGACGGCUAUGAGAAGGCAUUUGAGUGCAUCAAUAGAGGCCUGACCGAGGAUGAAGCUGGCCACAAGGCCCAGGCCCUGGCCCAGUACACAAAGGGACGCCAGCACCUCCUCAGGGCCAUCAGUGUGCCCUCACAGGGGCACGAGUGUGUGGGGUGCUCCUGGGAGUCAGCCCGCCAGAUGCAGCACAAGAUGCAGGAGACUCUGAACAACAUCACCACUCGAUUGGCAGUCCUAGAGACCAGCCCAGACCCUGAGCUCCCACCACCUCUAGAUGCCUCUAAAGGAGUCCCCGGGACAGCAUCUAACUCUUACCUUUACCCCAAACUGGAGAAGGAGAAACCAGAGCAGCCAUCUCCACCCAAGCUACUAAUGACUAAUUGCCAGGCUGGAGCUGUGGGAGGCAUUGUGUCUCCCUCCCUGCCUCUUUCUCCCACUAGACAGCCUGUGGUGCCUGGCGAUCUGCCCCCAGCCUACUCCUCCCAGGCGGCUGAUGGCCACCUGACUAUCUCCUACGGGACAGAAUCUGGAGAGAUGUCGCUGGUAGGAGAGGAGUUUUACAGCCACAUGUCCCCCUCUCCUCAGAGCCUGGGGGAGGAUGGAGAGGAACUCUUCUUCCUGUCUCACGGGGUACAGAUGUUCUUUGUCACACCUGACGGCCAGGUCAGCGCUCCCUCCUACCCAGGGUACCUGCGGAUGGUCAAGUUCACCAGCCAGCAGUCAGAGAGAGUGCCCAACCGCCCACCAGCCUUCCUGCAGGUGUGUGAUUGGCUGUACCCACUGAUGGCCACUGACUCCCCUGUCCUGCUGUGUAACACAGGGGUGUUCAUGUUCCCGGACAUGAUGGAGUCUGCCGCGGGAUCCUACGUGGGCGUUGUGCUGUCCUCUGAACUGCCUGUUGAAGACAGACAACUGUUCCAGGACAUGCUGUCCCAGAUGACAGACCUCAGGGUGCAGGCUCCAAAUGAGGCAGCAGACAGCAUCAACCUGAGCCAGAAGGUGUCCCUCGCUCCCCUCGAGGAAGAAGAGGACCCAGCAGCAGGAGAGGAGGAGAAGAACCUGCCAGAGUGGAGUGAGAAGGUGGCCAGUGGCAUCCUCACAGGGGCAUCGUGGCUGAGCUGGGGCCUGGUGAAGGGGGCUGAGUUCACUGGCACAGCCAUCCACAAGGGGGCCUCGAAACUGCGGGAGCACAUCACCCCCGAGGACAAGCCAGCCCAUGUCAGCCCCUCCGUCUCCAAGGGAUUGCAUGUAGCCAAACAGGCCACCGGGGGCGCUGUCCGCGUCAGCCAGUUCCUGGUGGACGGUGUGUGUAUGGUGGCAGGGUGUGUGGGUAAGGAGCUGGCUCCCCAUGUGAAGAAACAUGGAAGCAAGUUGGUCCCAGAGUCCAUGAAGAAAGACAAAGAUGGACGAUCCAACAUCGAUGGAGCCAUGGUGGUGGCUGCCAGCGGAGUUCAAGGCUUCGCUACCAUGUGGACUGGCUUGGAAGUAGCAGCAAAGAACAUCACCGUCUCUGUUGCCUCCGAAACCGUCAACACUGUCAAGCAUAAAUUUAGGGGUCUACAAAACAUCUUAGACCCACCUAAUGACAAGAAGACAUGUAUUUUCUCUUGAAUGAACCCUCCUUAAUAGUAACGAGCAGCAUGGCCAUAGCCUCUGUUUCUGAAUGGUCUGAAUGUACAGCUGUUAGAUUCACCUCUACUCUCUAAACAGUCUACUCUUCUAUCCUACUGGGCUAUGCACCUGUAAUUCAACAUGAAGCUUACUCUGGUUUCUAACUAACCAAUUAUUUUUCCUGACUUCAUUGAAAACAUAACUAUUCCUAAUGCAUAAUCAUCGUACGUGUGUUAUAUGUGCAAUCACCAGCCCCACAAUAUAAUCAGUUGUAUAUUUACAGAUUACUGAAUAGUCAGACAACUUGAAUCAUUCUGUUGAAUUCAUGCUCUGCAUUGGUGGGGGCUUUAUUCCUACUUGCAUGUUGUUGCUGUCAUUUCUUUUCCCUAUAAUUGCCCUCACCCCAACCCCCCCCCCUGUGUCACACCUUCAGCCUUCCCCCUCUCACUAGUUGGUUGUGUGUGUGAUUGAUUAUAAGGUAUGGGGUGGCAGCCGGCCAGGCCACAGACCAUGCUGUGAACUCAGCCAUUAACAUGGGCGUCACCGCCUUCAACAUUGACAACCUGGGCAUCAAAGCUGCGGUGAAGAAGACUGGCAAACAGACGGCUGUGGCCAUUCUGCAGGACUACCAGCUACAGGACCCUAACACUAACCAGAAACAAGUGGAGAAACGGGACAAAUAGGCCCCAUCCAGGAAUACGUUUUAUGUCCCAAAUGGCACCCUAUUCCCUAAAUAGUCACUACUUUGGACCAGAGCAAAAUAUAGAGAAUAGGGUGUGUUUUAGGACACAGUCAACCCCUAGCCCCAUGAUACUUACCCCAGUCCUACCCACAGAGCACUGGUGGAGAUAUGAGAGGACUGGAUAGGUGUGAGCAAAACGGCAAAACUUCUACUUGCCUAGUCUGUCAUAGGGAAAGGAUGAAAUACCAUAUUGAUUAAACAUGUCCGUUUUCUUUCAGAUACCCUAGAGGGUAGAGGCUAGGACUUGUGUCCCAAAUGGCACCCUAUUCCCAAUGUAUAGUGCACAAAGGGAAUGAGGUGCUGUUUGGGAUGCACCCAUGUCCUCCUCUCUUUCCUUUAGAGCCUUAAUUAACACACAAUUUGUAUUCUUCUAUAAAGAAAUCUAUACAUUAUUUACAAUAAAUAUUUUAUAUUUACAUACUAGUUGACUAAUAGCCUAUAGAUAUGUUACCAGGGUUUGAUACAACUGUUAAGCACUUCAAUCUUUAUAAUGAAUGGUAUGACAUUAUAAUGUCAUUAAUAUAAUAACUAAGAGGAACAUUAUGUAGGUAGGCUGAUGUAUUAUUGCUAAAUGAUUUCUCUGCAAGACACUGGAAUAAAAUAAGUCACGUAUGUGAUAAAAAUAUAAACUGAUAACAGAAAUCUUUUUUUUUUUUUACAUUUCAAGACUGCUGCUGUUGACAUACUGUAGUAACAGUAGUAGUAUUACUGCAGUAGUACUGUAGCCAGCAGCAGCAUGCUAACUAUGUGCUAUAAGAAUACAUGUUUGGGUUCAUUUUAAUCAAUGAAAUAAUGUUAAUGUGUGAAACAAGAUGAAUCCAAGCAUGCACAGGAAUACGUGUAGUUUGUAUAGCUGUUGAGGGUACUGGAUAAGAUUGAACAAGGUAUACUCUAAGGUAUACUCUUGUCAUAUGACUUUGUAAUGCAGAGGAAAGAAUCAAUCCAAACGUAGAAGCAGUGGAGUGUUGAACUGGUUUGAGAAUGAUCCUUGGCUUGCUUCGUAUGCCUUAACCAGUUACUACAUGCUCUAUACUACUCUAACCAAACAAGGCCACGCUACCUUCAUCUUGUUUGUACUUGUUAAAGCUGUGAUAUUAAUUUUCUAUGAAAGUACACUUUUUUUCACGUGAUGUAAAGAAAGGGAUAUAUAUUUUUUAAACUAUGACUCCUGGAAGAAAUGAUUAUGGCAAAAUUCCAGCUAUAAAUACAUCAACUGUUUUGGCACAAUCUGUACGUAUGUGGAAAGUUUUGGAGUGUGUGUUUAAGAUUAGUGUCACUGUACUUGUUAUGUUCUCAACAUACUGUAUUUAACUUGUAAUGCUGUCUACCAUUCAUGAUUGACCUUGGGCUGAUGUUGAUUCAAUAUGAAUUGUCUUCAGUAAUAUUUCCCCUUAAGGGUUAAGUGAAGGCAGACUCUUUCUGGUGUGAAUUUGAAAUAUCAUGCAGGCAUUGAAUACACACCAGCAUUCUUUUCAAAAUAAUUGCUCUGUGCUUCUGUGGCCCCAUGUGAUCAAAUAGUCACACGGUCCGAUGAUAAACCAAAUAUCUGAUAUGUAAUAAAAAGCUAUUGAAUGAGUUGUA